AUGUCUGCCUCCCCUUCUCCAUCUUCAUCUCAUCAACCUCCGAUAUGGAAGGCAUACUUCUUCUUGACGAGACUUCAUCUCUGGCCUACCGGAACUAUUCUUUACUUCUGGCCUUGCGCGUGGGCCUUGGCGAUGUGUGCAUACUCGCUGAGUAUACCCCCGAAAACGGUGGCUAUCCAGACGCUCGCCUACUUUAUCGGCAGUACAAUCCGACAUGAUGCUGCUUGUAUCUGGAACGACAUUUGUGACAUGGAUCUUGACGGAAAAGUUGAACGUACCAAAGGUCGGCCUCUCCCGUCUGGUCGAGUGUCUGUUCUAGGAGCAUUAUUAUUCCUUGCAGCCCAUUGGGCCAUCUUGCUUGGCGGGCUCAACCUUAUGGGUCCGGACGCAUUUAAACUUGGCCUCGUUGGCCUGCUGACAUUUGAAUGGAUCUAUCCUCUCUCGAAGCGAUUCACAAACUGGCCACAAGUAUGGGGAGGACUUGGAAUAGCAUGGGGAUUCGUUGUCGUUUGGGUCUCAUUCACAGGUUCUAUGGACUUGAACUUCCUGGCUCCCAUUGUGCUUGGACUCAUUUGCUGGACCAUUCACUUUGACACUGUCUAUGCACGACAAGACUGGAAAGAAGAUUCCAAAGCCGGAGUCUAUUCCUGCGCCAUCUAUUUCGGGAACUAUAUGCGGCCCAUUCUAACCUUCUUCACGAUGGUGUUCGUCACCUCACUUGCUUAUGUGGGAUACCUGAAUGGACAGGGUCCUCUGUACUUCCUGAUUUCCGUCGCAGGAAGUGCUGUCCAUUUUAUUUGGCAGUUGAGUAACCCCGAGCUGGGAACUGGCAAGGACAGCAGCAAGCUCUUCCAGGUAUGCGCCAAUUGA